GGAAUUCUGACCCAUUCUGGUGAGCCUCAGAAGCUGAAAGGGUCCAUAAACACAAAAACACAAAGAGCAAAAUGUCUGUGGAAGACCAGAACCCGGACCUGCAGUCAGAUGAGAGUGACAACGAGGCUGAGCAGAAUCCUGACCCUGAAAACAUUGAGGAAGAUCUUUGCAACCUUUUCAACAAUCUCACUUUAUUUCGACACAUUUACAGAAACAAUGUAAUAAUUGACACUGAGCAGGCGACUGAAGCUGCAGCACAACAUGUCAGGUACAUUUUAGAGGUGUUUGAACAUGUGUUAGAGAGCUCUUCAGAAGAAGACGAGAUGAGCUCUGACCGUGAGGAAGAGGAGAUGAGCUCUGACCGCGAGGAAGAGGAGAUGAGCUCUGACAGCGAGGAAGACGAACUUCUCAGAACCUUACAGGAGAUUUCUGAGCUUUUGGGAGAUCUGUUCUCGACGUCGUCUUCCAGUGAGGAGGACGGCGACGGGGAGGUGGCAGCAAACCGGGACGAAGAGAACAACUUACAGGAAGAAGAAAACCAGAUGAGAAGCUAUGAGCAACAAUCCAGUGAAACCUAAUGAGGAAAAGUGCUGGCACUUUUAAGUAAAAUCUAUUAAAUGAAGGGAAACCCAUUUAUAUUUGA